AGUUUCUUCCAAAACUCCUGUAUCUUUCCCCCUCACCUCCCUACCUCUCAAGGACAGCUGUUGGAAGACGUGCUGUUACAAGACUAAAUGUUUCGGGCUCCACAAUCUAAAUCUGGACAGGACACAAGCGCUAUGUCUCAACAGUUUCUCUACCGGGCUUUGGUGUCAGCGAAGUGGGUCUCUGAAGCGAUCAAAUCUUCUCAAACUGGGUUGGCUGUACAGGUCCUGGAUGCAUCCUGGUACCUCCCAAAAAUGAAGCGCAACCCUCGGAGUGAAUUUGAGGAGCGCCACAUCCCUGGAGCCACCUUCUUUGACAUUGACCAGUGCAGUGAUCGCACUUCGCCGUAUGAUCACAUGCUACCCAGCGCAGGGGAUUUUGCAGAGUACGUGGGCAAGCUGGGUGUAGGCAGCAAUUCCCAUGUCGUGGUGUAUGAUGCAAGCGACCAGGGGUUGUUCUCUGCCCCUCGUGUCUGGUGGAUGUUCCGAGCUUUUGGGCAUGAUGCUGUGUCUCUCUUGGAUGGCGGGCUGAAGAACUGGAUGCGGGAGGGAUUUCCGGUGACCUCCGAGAAGAGCAGACCUGUGCCUGCAGAAUUCCAUGCCAAUCUGGACAAAUCGUUAGUCAAGACUCAUGAGGACAUUAAGGAUAACAUUGAAUCAUGCUGCUUACAGGUUGUGGAUGCGCGGUCAGCGGGCCGGUUCCAAGGGACAGAGGAAGAGCCCCGGGAAGGAAUUGAACCUGGCCACAUCCCUGGUUCAGUGAACAUCCCAUUCACUGAAUUCCUUACUGAGGAUGGCAUGGAGAAGAGUCCAGAAGACAUCCACAGUUUAUUUCAGGAGAAGAAAGUGGAUCUCAAGAAACCCCUUGUGGCCACUUGUGGCUCUGGAGUCACUGCUUGCCAUGUGGCACUAGGGGCAUAUCUUUGUGGCAAGCCUGAUGUGGCCAUUUAUGAUGGAGCUUGGGUGGAGUGGUUCAUGCGGGCACUGCCGGAACACAUCAUCUCAGAGAGAAAAUGGAAGAGCCUGUGAGGGGCAGCCUCCUGCCGUGAUGGGGGCAGAAAGGUUGCCUGGUAAUAAGUGUCAGAAAAUAUUAUUGCUGUCCAGUGAAGUGUCUUUGACAGUGAAUCUGCUGACAUGGGGGGUAUAGUCCUCUGCAUUUCUUCUUUGCUGGGCAUAAGUAAUGUCUUUUUUUCCUCUCUACAGCAGAUUAUUGUUGGGUUGGGGGAAGUGCACUGGGUCACAGUAUGGUGUACAAAAUUUCAGAUUGAACAUAGGAUUAAGAGGUCCAGCCACAUUGGGUAUACAUCGGGGCAGGGUUGGGGAUGAGAUUAAUCUUGCACUUGGUCAAGUUGUGCCUGUCUUCUUGACAUCGUAAUAACAAUAUCUUCCUCCAAAAACUGAAA